CUGGAUCCGGUUACUCUGCAGAAAUCUAUUCUGCGGAUCGGGCGAAGUUUCCGUCAAGAUGCCCAGCCAUUUGAAAAAGUCAACGAAGAAAUUCGAAAAGAAACACCUCAAGGACACUCUCGAACGGCGCAAGGCGGCUGCGAAAAUCAAGCAGCGGCAGCAGCUCAAGGAAAAGAGAAAGGCCCAAAAUGCGAGCAGAAGCGCUGAAGAUGAGCAGGAGAGAAAGGGUUCUCGCAAACAAUUAGAGAAGGAGAAUGCCUUCUCAGAAAUGAACGUGGAUGAUUUCUUCUCUGGCGGCUUCGACAUUCCCGACGCCAUCGAGAAAGAGGGAAAAGCACGCAAGAAGGAUGUUACCCCGAAGAUUGGGAAACGAAAACGUGUGGAGGAUAAUGAAGAAGAAUAUGGAGAGAAGGAAUCUGCUGCAUCGUCAAGUGGGGAAGACGAGGCUUCAUCUCAAGGCGACGACAACAAUGCAGCCUCUCAGGAGAGUGCCGAUGAAUUCGACGAACAUAAGGACCAGCUCGAGGCUUUGAAAGAGAAGGAUCCCGAGUUCUACAAGUAUCUGAAAGAAAACGAUGCCGAGUUGCUUGAUUUUGGUGAUCACGGCGACCUGGCGGAGGUGGAUGAGCUGAGUGAAGAAGAAGAUGAAGAGCCUGCCAAGAAAAAGAAGAAGAAGGCUAGUAAGGAAGACGAGAGCGCGGACUCGGAGGGAAACGCUCUGGAUAUGAAAACUGUGAAGAAAUGGCAACAAUUGAUGGAAGAGCAACAUUCAAUGAGGGCAAUGCGACAGGUCGUCCUUGCUUUUCGCGCCGCUGCAUAUAUCAACGAGCCAGAUGCCCAAGAACAGAAAUAUUCCAUUUCAGACGCCAAUGUGUAUCACCAGGUGCUCGUGACGGCACUCCGCACGGUACCAAAGGUGCUUUCGCAUCAUCUCCCCGUCAAAGAGACUGCCUCCGGCAAAGUCAAGGUGUCCUUGGACUCGAAGAAGUUCAAGACUCUCACCCCUCUUAUCAAAUCCCACACUUCUUCUGUUCAUCAGCUUCUCGUGAAUCUAUCCGAUGCACAGACGCUGAAACUGACAAUUUCGUCAAUUGAGCCUAUGCUACCGUACCUUCUCCAGUUUCGAAAGCUGCUCAAGGUUAUCAUCAAAACCGUCGUGGGUAUCUGGUCGGAUGUUUCCAACGGAGAGGCUACUCGUAUUACAGCCUUUCUCCUGCUGCGACGUCUCAUGGUUCUGGGAGACGCAGGGAUAAAGGAGACUGUUCUCAAAGCCACAUACGAAGGCAUUGUCAAGGGCAGCCGAAACACGACCAUUCAUACCCUGGCUGGAAUCAACUUGAUGAAGAACUCCGCUGCUGAGAUCUGGGGAAUCGACCAAGAUGUUUCCUACACGACCGGAUUCACCUUCAUCCGUCAGCUUGCCAUCCACCUCCGUGGAAGCAUCACCAACACUUCCAAGGAAUCCUACAAGACGAUCUACAACUGGCAAUACGUCCAUUCGCUUGAUUUCUGGUCCCGCGUCCUCUCCCAGCAUUGCGAUGGUCUCGUGGAAGCCAAGGCCGGCAAACAGUCGGCCCUGCGGCCACUCAUCUACCCAGUCGUUCAGAUCACAAUCGGUGCCAUGCGCCUCAUCCCAACGGCCCAAUAUUUCCCACUUCGUUUCCAACUCACUCGGUCUCUACUUCGCCUCUCUCGCGCCACAGGCACUUACAUUCCGCUAGCCUCUGCGCUUCUCGAAGUCCUAAACUCGGCGGAGAUGCGCAAGCCCCCGAAAUCGAGCACCUUGAAACAACUCGACUUCACAACCUCCAUCCGCGCCCCUAAAUCUUACCUCCGCACCCGUGUCUACCAGGACGGAGUUGGCGAGCAGGUCGCGGAACUCUUAUCCGAGUUUUUCGUUCUCUGGACUAAGCACAUCGCUUUCCCUGAACUCUCGGUCCCCAUCGUGGUUAUGUUGAAGCGAUGGCUGAAGCAGGUAUCUUCCCGUUCACUAGGAAAUAAGAAUAGCAAAGUGAACCAGAUGAUCCUGCUGCUUGUGCAGAAGGUAGAGUCGAACGCCCGCUGGAUUGAUGAGCGUCGGUCAUCCGUAUCAUUUACGCCGAGGAAUCGUGCGGAGGUUGAGUCUUUCCUGAAGGAUGUUAGCUGGGAAUCUACCCCGCUCGGUGCAUUUGUACGGACACAGCGAAAACUACGGGAGGAACGGGCUGCUAUUUUAGAGGAAGGGAGACGGGAGGAGGAGCGACAAAGGGCGAUGAAGAAGGAUGGCGAUGAUGAUAUCGUCAUGGAGGGUGCAAGUGAAGAUGGUAGCGAUGGUGAAGACGACGAUGACGAUGAGGUAAAGGGUGAAGAGUUGGAAGAUGAAUCGGAGGAGGAGGAGGAGGAGGAGGAGGAAGUGGAGGAAGUGGAGGAGGAAGAGGAGUAGAUUGGGUUCUCUUCCGUUCUGUCUUUUCUUUGCCUUUCUAUUCUCCCAUUAGACAUGGGUUUCCAUUUUCUUUUGAUGCAACUGUUAAUAUUAAAUAACUGGAUAUCUCUUGUAUAGACACCAAAAUGACGAGUCUUACUGCCU